CCGCUGCACGUGACGCGGCGCGGCGGCUGCGAGCGGUGGGGCCCCGCGCCGCUGCUCUCCGGUACCGGUACCGACCCGGCCCCGAGCCGCUCAGCUCCGCUCCCGCCGCCCCCGCCGGACACCCCCAGGGGACAGCUCCCCGCACCCCGUUUCCCCUCAGACAGGGCCACGAUGGACCCCCCCGGCCCCUCCUCGGCCAGCUAGCUGCGUCCCGCAAUCACUGCCACCCCCCGGUGAGUUGUUCCCUCCCCUGGGUGACCUCCCGGCACCGGGAUGGAUCACACAGCCCCCGGUGCCCCCCGUACCCCAUGGCCGUGUCCCAUAGGCAGCAGCAUGGCCCAGCAGCACCGCACCGUGCCCCCCCCGCUCAAGACAGAAGAGGACUACAUCCCAUACCCCAGUGUGCACGAGCUGUGGGUGCAGGUGCUGGGCCGGGAAGGGCCGUUCCCCCUCAUCCUGCUACCACAAUUCGGGGGCUACUGGAUCGAGGGCACCAACCACCAACUGAGCGGGGCCCCCGAGCCCCCCCUGAACCCAGCACCCGGCACCCGUGUGCGGCUGGAGGGCAACCACACGGCCAAGAUCUACCGCAAGCACUUCCUGGGCAAGGAACACUUCAACUACUACUCCCUGGACCCUGCACUGGGCCACCUUGUCUUCUCCCUCAAAUAUGAUGAGCAGGAGCACCUCCACCUGCUGCUGCGCACCCGAUCCCGCACCCUGCACGAUGUGGUGCCCAUCUCCUGCCUGGCCGAGUUCCCCAACGUGGUGCAGAUGGCCAAGCUGGUGUGCGAGGACAUCAACGUGGACCGCUUCUAUCCCGUGCUCUACCCCAAGGCCUCCCGCCUCAUCCUCGCCUUCGAUGAGCACGUGCUCAGCAACCACUUCAAAUUUGGUGUCAUCUACCAAAAGCUGGGGCAGACCUCAGAAGAAGAGCUCUUCGGCACCACGGAAGAGAGCCCAGCGUUCACCGAAUUCCUCGACAUCCUGGGGCAGCGGGUGCAGCUCCGUGACUUCAAGGGCUUUCGAGGAGGGCUGGACGUGACACAUGGGCAGACGGGCAGCGAGUCAGUGUAUUGCCACUUCCGGGACAAGGAAAUCAUGUUCCAUGUCUCCACCAAGCUGCCCUACACUGAGGGCGAUGCGCAGCAGCUGCAGCGAAAACGCCACAUCGGCAACGACAUCGUGGCCGUCGUCUUCCAGGACGAGAACACCCCCUUUGUGCCCGACAUGAUCGCCUCCAACUUCCUGCACGCCUUCGUGGUGGUGCAGCUGGAACCCGGCGGCCCCCAGGGGCCCCUCUACAAAGUGUCGGUCACCGCCCGCGAUGACGUCCCCUUCUUUGGGCCGCCGCUGCCCGACCCUGCCGUCUUCAGGAAGGGCCCCGAGUUCCAGGAGUUCCUGCUCACCAAGCUCAUCAACGCCGAGUACGCCUGCUACAAGGCCGAGAAGUUCGCCAAGCUGGAGGAGAGGACGCGGGCGGCGCUGCUGGAGACGCUGCACGAGGAGCUGCAGGGCCGCAGCCAGGCCAUGCUGGGGAUGGGCCCCGACGAGGAGCGCCCCGACAACGGCUCGGCCCCGGGCUUCUUCGAGUCCUUCAAGUCGCUGUUGGUGCCCGGGAGCCGCCGGGGCCGCCGCGGCAGCGCCAUCGGUCUGGGCUCGGUGGAAGAGGCGCUGCUGGUCCCCGGGAAGAGCCCGUCCCGGCGGCGGCCCGGCCCGCUCGGUUCGCGCCGUUCCAGCGCCAUCGGCAUUGAGAGCAUCCAGGAGGCGCCGGGCAGGGACGGCCCCGCCCCGGGCAACGACGGCAACUCCUCCGCGCACAGCUCACCCGAGAGCCGGCGGAACCCCGACAGGUCCGGCAUCGGGACACGGAAACACGGACAUGGGGACAUGGGGACACACAGACAUGGGAAUACGAGGACAUGUGGACAUGAAGACACACGGACGUGGGGACGUGGAAACGUGGGGACGGGAGACACGGGAACACAGGGAGAUGAGGACAUCGGGACACGGGGACAAGAGGACAUGGGGAUGGAGGGGCACAACGACACCAGGACGUGGGGACAUGGGAUCAAUGGGAUAUGGGGACACACAUAUAGGGGGAUAGAGGAACAUAGGGACACAGGUAUGGAGGGGCACCAGGAUGCAAUGAGACCAGGUGCCACGUGGAUGGUGGCAGUGGGAUGGGGCAGCAGUACGCGUGCAGUGUCACGCUGUCACCCAGUGGCACAGGAGCUGGGCAGCAUGAGGACCGGGUGGUGCAGUAACACAGGGAUGGGUCGGCAUGGGUACAAGGCAGCAUGGGGACAGGGUGGCACUGGGACAGGCUGGCACCUGGUGAUACAGGAAUUGGGUGUUGUGGGACACAGCAGCACAGGGACGUGACUGCUAGUGAGUGCGGUGGGGUGGAGGCAGCGCAGCAUUCAGGUGGCACAGGGCUGGGUGGCACGGGGACAAGUCGGUAGGGGUGGGAUGGGGCAGCAUGGGAACAGAGUGACACCGGGGUGGAGUGGUGCUGGCACAGGGUCCCGUUGGCAGCCAAAUGGCACAGGGAUGAGGCAGCGUGGGGAUGGGGUGACACGGGGGGGA